AUGAUUGAGCUGCCCGAUGAGUUCGAGUUUCAAGAUGAGCAAUUAUGCGAGAAAUUGCAACGAUAUUCAGGUGCUAAGUGUGUACGCCUCAGAAGAGUCAAGUAUCGUAAAGAUCGAGCCAUAGUCUCAGCUGUGGGUAAUUUGGAAUCUCUGAGUCGCUUAAAAGAAUUGGUAUCGGUAAGACCUACUGUAAAUACAACAGCGACUAGCAAACAACGGAGUACUCUAUUGGGAAGAUUGGUUUUCGAGCGAAUCAGCGCAUUGGAAUAG